AACAUUCUAAGCACUCUCAGCAAGCCUUGACUUUUGGUUUAGAGAUGAUAGAACUAAAUUCAUGAGAAAUCACUUUUUGUCGAAAUUUCAAGCGAACAACAUCGAUUUCGGCUGGAGUAAAAAUCUCUCCGCAAUUUGUUCCAAAUUCGUGUGAAAAUGCCCGCAAAGAAGGAUUCGAGCAAGAGUGCCAAGAAAGGAGCUGCCGCUCCUGCUGGGGCGAAAGCGACCGCCGAUCCUGCAACUUCCGGCUCCACUACCGCCGCGGAGCCAGCUGCCAAGGAAGCCAAGGGCACCAAGAAGGGCAAAGGCAAGAAGAAGUAACGUCCCCCCAACUGGUUUGGUGGAGCUGACGUAAAGAAAAAAGGAAAUUCAAUUUUCCGAAAGAACAAAAUAAACCAUAAUGGUUUAAAACCAUGUAAACUAAA